AUGAAGAAAGCUUUCACGUCUUUUCUCUUGUUGCUUCAGUACUAUAUUAUAAGUAGUUCAGCCAUGACCCAAUUUAACAUCUUCACUGAUCAAUUAGCUCUUCUUUCCCUGAAAUCUAAAAUCAUUUCGGACCCCUUUCACUUCUUGGAUGAAAGUUGGUCUCCAGCUACGUCUGUUUGUCAUUGGGUCGGAGUCACUUGUGGCUCUCGUCACCAGCGAGUGAAGUCCUUGAAUCUUUCUAAUAUGGCUCUUACAGACAGAAUUCCACAAGAUCUUGGAAACCUCUCAUUUCUUGCUUCUCUUGACUUGGGAAGCAACAACUUCCAUGGAAAUUUGCCUCAAGAAAUGGCAUGCUUGCGUCGGAUUAAGUUUCCUGAUUUAAGUUUCAACAACUUUAGAGGGGAGGUUCCUUCUUCGUUUGGGUUCUUACACGAACUUCAAUUUCUAAGCCUUAAGAAUAAUAGCUUUACCGGCCCCCUCCCCUCAUCAUUUUUUAACAUUUCAAAGCUUGAAAUGUUGAAUUUGGCAUUCAAUUCCGUAGAAGGUCAUAUCCCUGUGUCUCUCUCGAAUGCCUCAAGGUUGGAGAGGUUAGAAUUAUCUGGCAAUUUACUUCAAGGAAACAUUCCAAGCGAAAUCGGCAAUCUUCACAACCUGAACUGGCUGGCCAUACAAUAUAAUCAACUUACGGGUUGUAUACCAUUAACAGUUUUCAAUAUUUCUAGAAUCGAAGUCAUUUCAUUUACUGGCAAUAGCUUAUCAGGAAGUCUUCCCAGUGGUUUAUGCAAUGGUCUUCGGAAUCUCAAAGGUCUUUAUCUAUCAAUAAACAAGUUUCAUGGUCAUAUUCCCACGAGCUUGUCAAAUUGUUCACAACUUCAACUAUUAGGUUUAUCGGAAAAUGAGUUUGAUGGACCAAUACAUAGUGAAAUUGGAAGAUUGAGUUACUUGCAGCAAUUGUAUCUCGGAACUAACCAUUUCACAGGGAUAAUUCCAUACAAAAUUGGAAACCUUGUUAAUUUGAUGGAGUUGUGGAUGAAG